AAAUUAACAAAUAAAAUAGACUUAGUUUGUUAAUGGAGUCAAGUAGAUUACUUGUAUGAUGCUUCCUCCAAGAAGGAGUUUCAACCCAACUUCUCAGAACAUGAGACGCGUUGAGAGCUGUUUUAUAUGUUUCUUCUCUGCAUAGACUCUCUUACACACUCACACUUUUCACCACAACUUCUUACCUUUGUUUUCAUUUUCAUUUACAAAAGUGAGCUUCCAAGUUAUCAAUGGAGUGCAAGAGCAUCCAGAGCAUGGCAUCGAGUAGCACAAGACCCAAAUAUGAUGUGUUUGUGAGCUUCAGAGGUGAGGACGUACGCAACACCUUCGCUGAUCAUCUAUUUGCCGCUUUCCGUAAAAACGGAAUAGUUGCAUUUAGAGACGAUAGGAAUCUGAUGCAAGGACAGCACAUCUCCACUGAGCUGGUGCAAGCAAUUGAAGGAUCUCAGGUUCUCAUUGUCAUCUUCUCUAAGAACUAUGCUACCUCUUCAUGGUGCUUGCAGGAACUCGCUAAGAUGCUUGAUUGCAGCAAUACGAUAACAGAACCAAAUCUGUUGCCUAUUUUCUAUGAUGUCAGUCCGUCUGAGGUGCGUAAACAGACUGGAGACUAUGGGAAAGCGUUGGCUGAGCAUGAAGAAAGAUUCAAAGAUAACUCAAAGAUGGUGCAACAAUGGAGGGAAUCUCUGCUGCAAGUCUCUAAUCUCUCUGGUUGGGAUAUACAAAAUAAGCAGGAGAAUGGAGAGAUUGAAAAAAUUGUUAAAAGGGUUAGAAGCAAAUUAGGUUGCAAUUCGGUAAGUAUGGAUGGGUUGGUUGGGAUGCAAUCUCGUGUGGAAAAAUUGGAAAACCUGAUUGAUUUCAAGUCCGAUAAUGAAGUUCGGGUUGUAGGCGUUUGUGGCAUGGGUGGGAUAGGAAAGUCGACACUUGCUAGGGUCGUGUAUGGUAGAAACCUUCAUAAAUUUGGUGCUCAUUGUUUUGUUGACGAUAUAAGCAAAGUUUUUCGUGGAGUUGGUCUACUUUCUCUACAAAAGCAACUUGUUUGUCAAAUUACAAAUGGAGAGAUCCAAGAUAUAUACAAUCAUUACGAGGCUAAUAGUUUGAUAAAAACUAUGCUACGCUGUCAAAAGGCUCUGAUUGUUCUAGAUAAUGCCGAUGAUGUUGAACAGUUAGAGAACCUUGGCGUGACUCGUGAUUGUCUAUGUCCAGGAAGCAGAAUUGUAGUAACUUCUAGAGAUCAACAUGUCUUGAACACUUUUGGGCUAGAUGAAACAUACAAAGUUCAACUCUUGAAUGAGGAUGAAGCUCAUCAAUUGUUUUGUGAAAAAGCUUUUAAUGAUAAUAUAAUUAUGAGUUGUGACGAGAUUAGCAGAGAGUACAAAAAGUUGACGGAUCUUGCACUUAAAUAUGCUCAAGGCCUUCCCUUGGCAAUUAAAGUUUUGGGGUCAUAUCUACGCGGUCGAGAUAUAUCUGUAUGGAGAAGUGCUUUAGAUAGACUGAAAGAUAAUCCAAAGAAGGAAAUCGCAGAUGUGCUUCAACUGAGUUUUGACGGAUUGGAACCCCUCGAAAAGGAAAUAUUUUUGGACAUUGCUUGUUUCUUUAACCACCAAUAUAAAUGGUCUGUGAAAGACAAGUUGUACUGUCGUGGUCUUCAUCCAAAUAUUGGAAUAAGUGUACUCAUCGAUAAAUCAUUAAUAACAAUUAAUGAACGGGACAAUAUUAGAAUGCAUGACCUGUUGCAAGAGUUAGGCAGGAGAAUAGUUCGGCAGAGUGCUCCAAAUGAGCCAUGGAAGUGGAGUAGGAUAUGGCGCAAAGAGGAUUUUCAACGUAUUAUGUUUGGAAAUACGGUAAUUGAUGAUAUUAAGGCCGUGCAAUUGAUGGAACAAAAUGAUGAAAUAAAUAUGACGUUAAGAGCAGAAACAUUAUCAAGAAUGAGACGACUUGAAUUUCUCAAAAUAAAUAAUGUUAGUUUUUCUGGAAGUUUUAAUAGCAUUUCUAGCGAACUGCGAUAUCUCAAGUGGAAAUAUUAUCCGUAUACGUAUUUUCCAUCAUGUUGUAAGCUAUCCAAGCUUUUGAAAUUAGUCUUGCAAGGGAGCAACAUGAAGCAACUAUGGGAUGGCACAAUGUGUCUGGACAACUUGAAGGAAUUGAAUCUCUCUGACUCGGAAAAUCUUGUGAAGACUCCAAACCUUAGCCAGGCUCCAAAUCUUGAGCGGCUGUUCCUUAGAAGAUGUAGAAAGCUUAAGCGCAUACAUCCUUCAACUGGAGACCUAACAAAACUUGUUCAGUUAGAUUUGAGGGAGUGCACAAGUUUAAUGAGCUUCCCCAUCACUGUAUUCGGUAUAUCUUCACUAAAAUAUGUAAAUUUGAGGGGGUGCUCAAGAUUAUUUGGUGGGAAAGAGUUGGAGAAUGGAAGUGAGAGUGGUAUCCAAUGCCAAUCGACAGUAUGGUCAACUUUUAAAAGGCUUAAGCUUAGGUUACCAUUCCAUUUCUUCAAUUCUUCUAAAAGUAGAUACAACCAUGUGCUCCAUCUGGGGAUGCUUUCUAUGGCUCGCUUAAGCUGCGUGUAUUAUCUUGACCUAAGUUAUUGUAAUCUGCAUACUAUCCCUGAGGCCAUAGCAUCCUUACAUUAUUUAGAGGUCUUAGUUUUCGUGGAAAACAAUAUAGUUAGAGUACCUGAUUUCAUAAACAAGCUUCCCAGACUGAGAAUGUUGGUGUUAGAUAACUGCGGACGGCUAAUGUAUGUAGAUGAGUUCCCAUUACCAUUACCCUAUCCAGCGGCAGAGCGAACAAAACUUGUGAAAUGGAUAGAAUUGAGGAUGUUGCACUGCCCGAAAAUAGCAGAGAAGGAAAGGUUGAGUGGAAUGGGUAGUUCAUGGAUGAGAGAGUACAUUAAGGUACACAAUGAAUCCAUUAAUAGACUUGCUAUUGUAAUACCAGGGAGUGGAGGUCCAAUUCCAAGGUGGUUUAAGGAUCAGAAUAAGGGGGCGGAUAAUUCAAUGUGGAUAGAAUCAUUUCCGAAUGCCAAUGACAACAAUUGGAUUGGCAUUUCCCUUUGUGCCGAGAUUGUUGUUCAGUUUGCACCACGCCUCUCCAUUUACCUCUUCUUUCUCGACCCAACAGGAAAAGCCAAUCUCGUGCACUAUGUUCAUUCGUUUGGAAAGGAGAAGGUAGUGAGGGGUGAAUUGGUUCAGCUCUGCCUAUUCUAUUUUCCUCGCCAACUACUCAUUCGGGAUGGAAAGCAGCAUGAUCUUGAUGGAUCCCGCUUUGAAUUCAAAGAAGUUAACCACCGCUAUGUGGAAGUGAAGAAGUGGGGAAUGCGUGUGGUACUGAACCAGGAUUUGGAGUAACCCAAGUCUGGCAGAUAUUGAUUUAGUUUGAUUAUUGCCCAACUCACAGGUAUUCUUUCAUCAUCUCAAGUCAUAUGGAGUGCAAACAGGAGGCUUUUCUUCCCAUGUUCUAUAUUUCUGCUAUUGCCACUCUAUGCUGCUAUGUUAUUCGAGUAUGAAGCUUCAAACUUGGCUGAAAUUGUCUAAUCUAUGUCCUUGUUGCAGAGAAGAGGAUUGAGAUAUGUUGAGGGUGAUACAUAAUUAUUAUGAGUAACUGGAACUCAUCAGAGAAGAAUUUGUUGGUGUUCAUGCUACCAUGUUGCUGAAAUGCACUUGCCUUUCUUGGAAAAUUUGAUAUCCAUGUUUCAAAAUAAAGUAGCGUUCUUUAUUUAUGUGUAGAGACAUUUUUAGUGGUCAUUGUCUUUAUUUCUAUAUUUGCCUCCACUUGAUAAUAUCAUUAAGUUGAGACUCUUGUUUGACUUCUAUUUAAAAAAAAAGGAGACUGAGAAAUGUGAAUGUGAUAUAGUAAACUCUGUGACUGUGAGGCAGUAGAGUAUUAUAUAUGUUGUUGCAAUUAUCAAUUAUCCAUGGAAAAAAACCAACUUAUUUGGUAGCAUUGUUGUAUCAGUUAUGAUUGCUUUGCUUCUAGCAGUGCUUGCAUAUCUGUGAGCUUAAUUAAUGUAAAGAUUUCAAUAUGCUUCACAGGACCUUGUGCAAGUGAAGCAGUUGCAAACUUUGCAGAAGAUUUUUUUAUUAGCCAGGUAAACUAUUAAAUGAAAAAUGCUUAUGAAUGAAAAAGAUAAUAAGAUAGGACGAAAAAGGUGUAAUGCACAUUAGCAUUCAUACCAUAUAUAUAUUACCGUUUAAUCUAUGACAUUGUCAAUAUACUAAAAUGAUCACAUGAAAAAUAAACUAGUAAUAGUAUUAUCCAUAACGCAUGAACUAAAAGUUAAGAUGAAAUAUACAGACAAAAAAAGAAUAAACUACAUAAUUAAUAUGAAUUAAAGUUCAAACUUAAAAAGCUUGAGUGACAAAUCAAGCCCUGGAGACUCAGAACUAGAGGGUUCAUUAUCUGGCUUGGAAUCCUGAUCAUC